GGCCUUUGUCUGUCCCCGGCCAUCUUAGAUCUGUAGCCUCAUCCAGUUCCGAAGGAUCGGAAAUCACUGAGGCCCCUGUCUCCUGUGACAGUCGCGGUGGGGAGGCCCGCGCAGGACGCAGGAUGUCGGCAGAGCCUGUCAUGGAGUCGGUGUCAUUCGAGGACAUUGCUGUGUUCUUCACCUGGGAGGAGUGGCAGGACCUAGACAUUGCUCAGAAGUUGCUCUACAGGGAUGUGAUGCUGGAGAACUACAGUAGCCUGGUGUCCUUGGGCUGCUGUGUGAUCAAACCUGAGUUGAUCCUCAUGUUGGAACGUGAAUUUGGGCCAUGGAGGGUAGCAGAUACCUCAGUCUGGAACCUUCCAGGGUACUGCAUGACCAGACCAGAAUUGAACUUCAAGUUAUCGCAUGGAUUUGAGCCGUGGAAUGGCUCAGAAGCCUCGCUUUGGAGCCUCCCAGAUGUCCAUAAGGUAAGUGUCCUGGGAAAUCAAGAGACACACUUGUGGCAAGCUGAAGUCACUGGUGGCAUUACAUCCUAUGAACAGAUGGUUGAAGCAGAACUACAGAUUCAAGAAAAAAUUCAUCGAGAGGCAAAAAUACAUGAAUAUAAAGAUUGUAUGGAAACAUUUUAUCCGAAUUCACAGCACACCAGGAAUCAGACAUCUCAGUCAUAUGAGAACCCCUUUGGAUGGGAGGAAUUUAGAAAAGCUUUCUAUUAUCAAUCAACCCUCACUCAACAUCAAAGAUUUCAUAUAGGCGAAAAACUCUAUGACUCUCCACAGUGCUGGGAAAUUUUCCCCUGGAAGUCCCAACUCAGUGUACAUGAGACAUUUCAUGCAGGUGAGAGACGCUAUGAGUGUGAAGAAUGCAGGAAGUCUUUUCAUCGGAAGGCAAACCUUAUUCGACAUCAGAGAAGAACACAUAGCAGAGAGAAGCCGUAUGAAUGUAUAGAAUGUGGGAAAACUUUCUACUGUAAGUCAGAUGUCACUCGACAUCAGAGAAGAACUCACAGUAGAGAAAAACCCUACGAAUGUGUAGAAUGCAGUAAGACUUUCUACUGUAAGUCAUACCUCAUUCGACAUCAGAGUAGAACUCACAGUAGAGAGAAGCCCUAUGAGUGUACAGAAUGUACUAAAACUUUUUACUGUAAAUCAGAUCUUACUCGUCAUCAAACAACUCAUAGUGGGGAAAAGCCUUUUGAAUGUAAUGAAUGCUCUAAAACAUUCUACUAUAAAUCAGACCUCGCUAAUCAUCAGAAAACGCAUACAGAUGAUAAUCCCUAUGAAUGUAAAGAAUGUAGAAAAACUUUCUGCUCCAAGUCAAGCCUCAAUCAGCAUCAUAGGAUUCAUACAGGUGAGAAGCCCUAUGAAUGUAAUGAAUGUAAGAAAAGUUUCAAUUCUAAGUCAAAUCUCACUGAGCAUCAGAGAAGAACUCAUACCAGAGAGAAACCCUAUGAAUGUAACGAAUGUUGGAAAUCCUUCUACUGUAGGUCAGAACUUACGAAUCAUCAGAGGACUCAUACAGUUGAGAGGUACUAUGAAUGUAAAGAGUGUAGAAAAAAUUUCUACUGUAAGUCAAACCUCAAUCAACAUCAAAGAACUCACACCGGAGAGAAACCGUAUGAAUGUAAAGACUGCAACAAAGCUUUCUAUUGUAAGUCAAACCUCAAUCAACAUCAAAGAACUCAUACAGGUGAAAAACCUUUUGCAUGUAAAGACUGUAGUAAAGCUUUCUAUUGUAAGUCAAGCCUUGUUAAACAUCAAAAAAUCCAUUCAGGUGAGAAGCCAUAUGAAUGUGAAGAAUGUAGAAAAACUUUUUUCCAAAAGUCAGACCUCACUCGACAUCAGAGGACACAUACAGGUGAAAAGCCCUAUGAGUGUAAAGACUGUAGCAAAACUUUCUAUUGUAAGUCAAACCUCAAUCAACAUCAGAGAACUCACACGCAUGAAAAACCUUAUGAAUGUAAAGAAUGUAGGGAAACAUUCUAUUCUAAGUCAGAGCUUACAGAACAUCAAAGAACUCAUACAGAUGAAAAACCAUAUGUGAUGUUUAAUAUUGAUUGUCAACUCGACAAGAUCUGGGAUCAUCUGGGAGACAGGCCUGUAGGCAUGCCUGUGAAAGAUUAUCUAGAUUAAGUUAGCCUUUGGAGAUGUAUGUGAUUAUCAUUAUUUGAUUAAUUGAAAUAGGAAGACCUAUCAUAAAUAUGUGUGGCACCAGUCCCUGGGUUGGGAUUAUGUACUGCAGGAAAAGGGAUGGCACCAUUCUGUAGACUAGAGUUCUAGACUACAUGAAAAGAAGGAAGGUAGAUUAUGCAUGACCAUUUGCUGUUUUCUGCUUCCUGUCUGGAUGCCACUUGUCAAAAUGCCUCAAGCUCAUGCCACAAGAAGUUCUCUACCAAUAUACGAUUAGGAUUGUACAUCAGGUGUGAAGUACUGUGACAGCAAAAAGUAACUAAUACAGGAAAUUGGUUUUGAGAAGUGAGGCCACUGCUCUGAUAAACUUGACUAUGUGACUCUUAGGCCACUAGAAAUGGCUUUCAUGAGGAAUGUAGAAGAUUUGGAACUUUGGGCUAAUAAAAUCUUUGAAUGCUAUGCUACAGAGCUUAAUGGGCCAUUGUGGUAGAAGUUUAUAAGUACAGACUAUGGAGGCCUGGCUCACAAAGCUUCAGAGGGGAACAAGCAUUGUCAAGAACUGGGCUAGAGACAAUUUGUGUGACCCUUUCCUAAGGAUCUGGCUUCAUUCUACCUGUGAUCUGAGAACUUGAAUAACAAUUUAAAGGAAAAGUACUCAUUUAUUGGGUGAAGAAAAUUACCAAAAAGGUAUAUAUUCAGGCUUGUGGCACAGCUCCUAGUAACUUCUCUUAUAAAAGUUUACAAUGAAAAAGUUCCAUUGUGCUGAAGAUAAAUACAAAAAUGAUUAAAACUUGGAGUCUAUCAAGGAUUAGAAAGCUAAAGCAAGGCAAAAGCUGCAGGCAAGGCAGGUAUGGAAGAAGAGGCUUUGUUAAAAGAGAAACCACCCUGCUCUGCCCCCAGAACAAUAGGAAAUGUGUCUGGAUAGCCCCACUGUCCCUAUCUAAGGUUUCAGCUUGUAAAAAAUUUGGACUUAUUUGAAAGAAGAGAACCUGGACUGAGAAUAUAGCUGAAGGGAUUCCCUGCUCCCUGAAGACAACUCCCUAGGGGAAGUGUUUCUGUAGGGUCAGCACACUGUGGGUGAUAGCUUUGUUCCAAGAAGAUAUAUUUCUAACUAGCAACAGCUCUUGGAAGCUUUGUGGAUGUGAUACUAGUUUCAUAGGUAUGAAAGAUGCAACAUUGAAGGGGUCAAGUAGAUUUGCUCCAAAGUGUCAGAAUGCAGCUGAGACUAAACAUUGUAUGUCUAAACUGGAGUCUCUACCGGAAGGCUCUGAAUGCCCAGUGCAUGGACCUGUGAAGGUAAACUAUAAUUUGCCUUGGAGACUCCAGUAUAUAAGUGAUGCCAGGAGCAUGGGGUUAUCCACCAAGGAAAGCUACAGGCAUGGAGUGGGGCCAGUUGCGCAGCAGAGAUGGAAGAGUGAGGCUUCUCAAGUACUUUAAAUUCCAGGGGAUUCUAUUACAAGUCUCAGAUGUAGUGGACAUGCUCCAGUAAGAUAUGUUGUUUUCCCUGCUGGGUUUCUGCCCUAGUUUUUUCCUUUGGGAAUGGGAAUGUUUAUGCUUUCAUGUAUUAGAACCAUGCAACUUGCUUUUUGGUAUUAAAGGGCCUCACAGAGUAUUUCAGAUGAAACUUGGACUUUGGAUAUUAAAACAUUGUUGGAAUUCUUGAAGACUAGGGAUUUUUUUGUAUUGUAUAUGACCCACUUUAUGAAAUGGCCAUCAGCUUAUGGGGACAAGAGAGGAAAAGUUAUGACUCAACAGUGAUAAUCAUGUCAUGUUGACAAGGAGUACAGUUAUGGUGGCUAAUAUUGUCAGCUUGACUGAAUCUGGAAUCACCUGGUAGAUGGACGUCUGAGAAUAUCUGGGGGAAAUUGUCUUAAGUUAAUUGGCAUGGAAAGACUGACUUUAAAUGUAGUACUCCAUGGGCUGAGGUCUUAGACUACAUGUAAAGAAGAAAGAUGACUAAGAAUGAACAUUCAUUGUUCUCUGUUCUUGACUGUGGAUGCCUCUGGACCAGCUGCCUCAAGCUCCUGCCACUGUAACUUCCCUGUCCAGAUGUAUUCUAUCUUUGAACUGUGAGCCAAAAUAAAUCCAUCAUUAAUUUGC